AUGCCGACACAGAGCAAACCAAGGCAAGCAAGACGGGAACUUCAACUGCAAGACAAGAUCAAGUUGAUAAAGGCCAUGGACAGCGAGGGGAAGUCAUGUCGUCAACUUGCUGAGAUGUUUGACAUCGGGAAGACCCAAGUUUCGACAAUCUUGAAGAGGAAGGCCGAAUAUCUCGAUGCAUAUGAAGAAAAUGCACCAACAGAGAGGAAGAGGCUCAAGGUGUCAUCAGAGUUGCAAGGUGUUGACGAUCUGACUUGGAAAUGGUUCCAGCAAGCAAGGUCCCACAGCCUCCCAGUAUCCGGCCCGAUGAUCCAAGAGAAAGCCAGACAGUUCGCCCUUGGUUUAGACAAGAAAGACUUCAAGGCAUCGAAUGGUUGGCUAGAAAAGUGGAAGAUCCGGCACAACAUAAACCAAGCGACAAUUUGCGGCGAAAGUGAGAGUGUCGACGACAAUGUGGUUGAUGAAUGGAAGAAGAAACUGCCUGAACUGGUUGCCGGCUACGACCCGAAAGACAUUCUUAACAUGGACGAGAGUGGCCUAUUCUACCGCGCCUUGCCCUGUAAAACGCUGAGGGUACGGGGUGACGAAUGCAAGGGAGGCAAGAAAUCUAAAGACCGCAUCAAAGCGUCAUUAUGCGUCAACCUCGAGGGUGAUUUUGAACAGACUCUCAUCAUUGGAAAGUCGGCCAACCCGAGAUGUUUUCGAAAUCUUUCCAAGCGCCACCUGCCAAUCGCAUGGGAACACAACAAGGAAGGAUACGAGCAGCUUCGCACGCCAGCCGCAACUGCAAACGCAUUUGUUGACGAUCAAGUACGCACUGCCGAAAUCGCUGACGAUGACGAAAAUAAAACGGCUGAGCCAGAAUGCGAGAUCAACUCCAACGCAAUGGCUCUUCACUAUGCAUCGCAACUUCGCCUAUUCUGCUUAGAUCGGGACUAUGGUGACGUGUUAGAGAACAUUCUGAAAUCUGAGACCUCACUACAAGAACGCAUUUUAGAUUCGAAACGGAAUGCUAAGCAGACAACAUUGGACAGUUUCUUUCGGCAUUAG